AUGUCACGCCAUCAAAGUUCUGAUGCAUUAUUAGAAAUUAAAAAUGCUUAUUACAUUGGAAACUAUCAAUUUUGCAUAACCGAAGCUCAAAAUGCUAACAUUAAUGAUUCAGAUGUGAAGCUUGAAAUAGAUUCAUAUCUUUAUAGAUCUUACAUUGCUCUACAAAGAUAUACAAUUGUCAGAAAUGAACUUAAAGCGAAUUGUCAUCCUUAUUUGGAACCAUUGAAAUUACUAGUUGAUUAUUAUUUAGCUCAGGAUAAAAAUGUAAUUGUUCAGAAAAUGGAUGAUAUACUUUCUAAAGAUGUUAAAACAUCUAGUAAUUUGUUGUUUAUUACAGCAGCAAUCAUUUAUUACCAUGAGCUAAAUUAUGAAAGUGCACUUCAAAUUCUUCACCAAGGAGAUAAUUUGGAAUGUUCUGCUUUGAGUCUUCAAAUCUAUUUAAAAAUGGAUCGAAUAGAUUUAGCCAGAAAGGAAUUAAAAAACAUGCAGGACAAAGAUGAAGAUGCUAUUUUGACUCAGUUGAGUCAAGCCUGGGUAAAUAUUGCCAUGGGUGGAGAAAAACUUGAUGAUGCAUUCUACAUAUUCCAAGAAAUAAUUGAUAAACAUGGUUCAACGCCAUUGCUUCUCAAUGGCCAAGCAGUUUGUUUUAUUCAUCAGGAAAAAUUUGAAGAAGCGGAAUCGGCGUUGCAACAAUCCAUUUCAAAAGAUUCGGAUAAUUCAGAUUCUUUAAUAAAUUUAAUUGUUUUAUCGAGACUUUCGGGGAAACCUCAGGAAGUUGCAAAAAGAUAUUUAACACAUAUUCAAGAUUCUCAUAAAAGCCACACUUAUGUCAAAGAGUACAGUGUAAAGGAAUCAGAAUUUGAUAAGUUGGUUUUGCAAUAUUCUUGUGCUUAA